UGCCGGCGGCUCGGGGCCCCUCCCCUAGAAGAUGGCGAGUCCGUGCGGGCGGCAGGAUUGCUCUAGCGAGAGGCGCGGCUUCCGCCACCAGCUCGACUCGUGGCGACACCGGCUGCUGCGCUGUGUGGGAUUUGAAAGUAUUCUAGAAGGGCUGUUUGGACCUGAAUUAUUAAAAGAUCUCAGUUUUUUUAAAGACUUUGAGCCUGAAGGUGUCUCUGAUUGGUCUUUUGAUGAAAAUUGUCUUUUCUGCUGUUUGAGAAGAGAGAAAGUGAAGGAACACUUAGUCAGUCUGGAUGAGCCAGCCUUGGAAGUUGGGGACCAAGCUCUGCUUAGACAAGAGCAAGCAAAAAUCAUUCGGUUCGAGAGGCAAGCGGAAGAGUUUCUCCAUGCAGUCUUUUAUCAAAAAGACAGUCCUAGGGUCUCCGACCCCAACAUUCCCCUAGUGGCUCGCGAGAUCAUGCAGCGGAUGAUCCGACAGUUUGCUGCUGAAUAUACCUCAAAAACUAGCUCUACUCAGGACUCCAGCUCGCCCAAUAGCACAAAGAACCAAAGCCUGCUGAAAGCAUCUCUGGUCGCCUCAUCCCCUGUGGGUGCAACGGCUCAGAACCCUGUGCUCAGCAAACUUCUCAUGGCUGACCAGGACUCACCCUUGGACCUCACCGUCAGAAAGUCUCAAUUGGACCCUAGUGAGCAAGACGGAGUGCUUGAUCUGUCCACUAAGAAAAGCCCUUGUGCAGGCAGCGCCUCCUUGAGCCAUUCACCUGGCUGCUCCGCUACUCCUGGGAAUGGGCGUCCUGGGAGACCCAGCCAGCACCAUGCAGAGGGACUUCGGAGUGGUGAUGGGGUUCCCCCGAGAAGCUGGCAGGAUGGAACCAGGGAAGGGUCUGGCCACUCCACAUCUCUCAAAGUUCCAUUGGCUCGAUCACUGCAGAUAAGCGAAGAACUGCUGAGCAGAAACCAGCAUGCUACAGCUGCCAGCCACGGGCCGUCUGGGCUACAGAAUCAUGGACAGCACAUGAUACUAUCCAGGGAGGCUUCUUGGGCAAAACCACACUACGAAUUCAACUUCACUCGCAUGAAAUUCAGGGGAAAUGGUGCACUCAGCAACAUCAGUGACCUUCCUUUUCUUACAGAAAACUCGGCCUUUCAAAAAAUGGCACUUCAAACUAAACAGGAUGGGAAAAAGGACAUGAGCCAUUCAACUCCUGUGGAUUUAAAGAUACCACAAGUUCGAGGCAUGGACCUUUCGUGGGAGUCCCGUUCUGGUGACCAGUAUAGCUAUAGCUCUUUGGUGAUGGGUUCACAAACGGAGAGCGCGCUAAGUAAAAAGUUAAGGGCUAUCCUUCCGAAACAAAACAGGAGGAGCUUGCUGGAUCCCGGACCAGAUUCCUGGGGCUCAGAUGCUGAGCAAUCUACCUCUGGACAGCCAUAUCCCACCUCUGAUCAGGAGGGAGAUCCUGGCUCUAAGCAACCUCGGAAGAAAAGAGGCAGAUACAGACAGUACAACAGUGAGAUAUUGGAGGAAGCAAUCUCUGUGGUGAUGAGUGGGAAAAUGAGCGUCUCCAAAGCUCAGAGUAUUUAUGGGAUCCCCCAUAGCACCCUGGAGUAUAAAGUGAAAGAGAGGCUGGGCACUUUGAAAAACCCUCCAAAGAAAAAAAUGAAAUUAAUGAGGUCGGAGGGACAAGAUGUCUCUGUAAAGCUUGAGAUAGAUCCCCAGGGAGAGGCAGCACAGAGUGCGAAUGAGUCAAAGGAUGAUUAGGGAUGUUGUAGAGUGCCAAUUACUUAACAAACUGGGUGAGCACUAUGGCAUUGUUCAACUCCCACUGCAUGCACCCAACUCCUCUUUGGUCACUGGGUGCAGGACAUGUUCCUUUGCAGUUCAGCAGAGACUUGUAUGGACAUGGGGAAAAGAGUGCUCUGAAUGUUGCAUAUUUGUAAAUUUUCUGGCCCAAUAUGGCUUAGAGCCCUUUUUUUGUGUUUUGUUUUUGUUUUUGGCCUUUUGCAUGUUUCUCUAAUGUUCUAUAGAGAAUUAAGUUACCUCACAAAGAAUGCAGACAUGGAAGUGGACUGCUUGCCUCUUGAGCCUGCAUGGACUUUCAGUUAUUUUAUUGGGUUUGUUUUUCCCAUGUUCCCCUCACUUCCUUGAACUCUAGUACCAGACUUUUAAAACAAAAACUGGAUCAUUGCUUUAUAAUUGGAUUUCAUACCUUUUUUUUGUCUUGGAUCCAGCUGGCUUGGGGGAAAAGUUAAACUUUUAAAUAAUGUUGAUCUUUUUUAUUCAGAGAUUGGUGGUUGCAACCCCAGUUGGUUGGGUCUAAUUGGAGGUAUUUUCUUUUAAAUUCAACUUCUUUACCAUUUGCAAUUUGCUUAGUGCUCACCCGGAGGGGAGGGUGGGGAUGGGGAUGUGGGAAUUUUACAUACACUACCUUCAGAAUGCUUUGGUUAAUUCCUUUGAAGCACUACCUUCACUGUUUGUUUGCUCUUUUAUAAAGGUGAGAGUUGGACUUGCCUGCUUGAGGAUGUAGCCUUAUCUCAACAAACUCCUUGUAUUCAGGAGCAUCAGGGUACACUGAAUAAUAUAUUAGGGUAUUCCUCACUUUAACAAAAUAUGGCUUUGUGACCUACAUGCUUUUAACAGAUUGAAUUUUGAGUUUGCUAAACUAUGUGUUUCCUCCAGCUAGUUUAAAGAAUUAUCUUCUGGGGGAUGGGAAUACAAAUAAUAACCUGCUGUAAUCUUGUCCAACUCUCCCUCCCCCCAAAAGACAACAACGCUGAUUUCUAAACAUUACAACCUCAAUAAUCUGCCUAAUAGUCAUGUAAAUGAAGGAUCUAUGUUAACGUUCAGGGAAGAAAUUUUUUACAAAUGUUAAUAAAACCCAUGAUCAGAUCAACCUGAUCUGGCUUAGGCCGAGCAUUUUAUCUAACUGUAACACUGUCAGGGUUGAACACCUAAUGGGUGUUUCCUUUUUAAAUACUACAGUUGCCAGUAGCAGGAAGUGUUUUUGCAUAUCCUGCAUUUUUGUUUUUGUUUCAUUCACUAUUUAUUUAAUAGUGGACUAGCACACACUCACAGCUACUAUAAUCAUAACUAGCACUCCUAAAUCUACAGUUCAGUCUUUUUAGUUACAGAGGCAUCUGAUUAUUUUCUUACAUUAAACUUUAAAGCUUUCUGGACUUGCAGCUUCAUUGAAUCAGACUCACUGGUUCUUCAGGUAGGGGGGCACAGUUUGAUCUUAGCUGUGCAAAAGAUUGAUAGGACUCCAUUCUCCUGCUUUGUACAACCAAAAGAGGCAAUUGAAUUUAUAUAUAAGACAUCUUAAGCAUUAUUUUUGAUUAGGUAUCUUGUGUUAAUGACUGAAAGUGGAUGCUGCAGUUCAUAGGAAGAAGGUCUAGAUAGCCCCGGGGCUGCUGCUUGAAUUUGGGGAUGAUUAAGUUAGCCUUCUUAUUUGGUUGAUUGCUUCCCAGCAACCCACUGUAUUCAAAGGUUAGGCACACCAUUGCUGUCAUGUUAAAUAUGCACUUCUCAUUCUUGAGAGAGACUGGGCUUUUUUUAGCCCACAUAUGCUUUGUACUACUGUUCUUAGACUUUUUUGUUUUUUUGGUGUAUUUCCAUACUCAAAAGCAGAGUUCCCUUAGCUAUCUAGUUGUCAUCUCAGUACAGAAACCUGUUUAAAGCUCCAUAGUGGUGAAGAAACUCUGCAAUAUAAUCCAGUUUCACUGGAAAUUGCAAUAAAAAUGCACUGUUUAAAAUUUAUGGUUUCAUCUGCUAUUGAAAGUGUGGGAGAUGGUUGCUGCAAGCUAGAAGUGUAACACUUGCAUAGUUUUACUGUCAGAGGUUUAACCUUUUGUGGCUGUCUUUAUUUAAGUGAUGUUUGAGUUGAAUUCUGUAAAAGCUUGUCCAUAGUUUAUGUGGAGUGCUCAUUUUACUUAACCUAAAUAUUUUUUAUGUGUAUCAUUAAGUGGAUGACAAUCGUGCAGCAGAAAAAUGGUGUGCCUACCCUUUAAUGCUGCAGUUUUGAAAGAGAACUACUUGUAUGUCAUUUCAAAUCGUAGGCUGAGAACUGUAAAUAGAUAAUGGUAGUUGCAUAUUCUUACUUGCUUUGGUUAGAUAAUUAAUUAAACAACCAAACAGUUAGUUUUCUCAGAUUAAAGUCCUGGGACCUGACGAUUGUAAGACUCCUGUCUGCAAAGCUUUGAAAUAUAACAUUUAAUAUCUGUGAUCACUUCCUGUUCAGGUAACUUUUCCCCAGAAGCUUUGGAACAACCAUAUUUCCUCAAAAGGUCUCUGUUUUAAAAAAAUAAGGAAAAAGUAGGUUAUUUUUAAAGCACUAAUUGCAUUACUUUGGUAAUUGCAAUAUAAAAUAGCCAUUAUUGUUUUGUGACGCAUGGUUGAAAUUAGUUAGUAGUCCCUUUCUAAAAUUUCCGAAGCCUCUCAAAAAUAAACAAAAAGCUGCUGAAUAUUCAAAAGAUAUAAAUAUAUAUUUUACCUUAUUGUAGGUUUUGUAAACUUAGUCUGUAAUAUUCAGGUGCACCUUUUUAAUGUUAAACUUUGUUUUAAGAAUUCAUCUCACCUGUUCUCUCCAAGGUGGUUUAUUCUGUGGCUGGUAUCUCAUUCUAGAUUCCUCAGUGACUCACUGAAGUCAGACUGCUCUGUUAGGCACCUUUGGUGUAGCCUUGAGUAGUAUCUGGGAACAUCUUAAGUGUAGAAGAAAUGGAAUCAGUGUUUAUCCAUUAGCAUGCUUAAUUUUCUGCUGACUGGAAGUUUGCAUGGCCAAAAUCCCCAACUGACCAUAGUUUGGUGUGGGAAGAUGUGGUUUGCUGCUGUCUUUGUAAGAGAAGCCUUGUUCUCUCCUGUUUCCAAUAAAUGGAUGCUCCUGUAAUUUGUACAAGAGAUAGGGAUUGAGGCCUUGUUUCCCCAGCUGCUUUAGAGAAGCAUGUUAAGGGAACGCUAGACAAGUGCAAUCCUCCAGAAAUGGUGAGGCCUGUGGGAGAAAGAUUGGGGCAUUUUUAAACACUCAUUUUCUCUCACUCCAGGGGAUUUGUAUUUGGAAGAAUUGUGGCGUAUCUGUUGAUGGUGUAGCUUGCAUCUGGAUGACAGACAAACUGUGAACAAUAUUUGUGACAGCCUCUGCUUCUUAGGCCAGAUAUCAAGAAGGAUAGGUUCUCCCUCUACUCCCAGCCUAAAAGACUAAUGUUAGAGUGUGUGUGUAUAACGUUUAAAAUCAAGUGUACUAUCGUACUGGAAUUUAGAUGUUGCUUGGUGACUUUUUGCUGCAGCAAGUUAUACAGAUGAGUAAGGCUUACUGUUGUAGGGGUACUAGUGUGGAGUUAAUUAUCGUACAGUUCUGUGGAGCGAGCCCAGUGUGUAGAAAAUGUAUCAUUUUUUUUAUUUGGACCUGUAAAAUGUACUUUCCUGAGAUUCUGGAGAUCUGAGAUACACUAUUACCUCUUUGUCAGCCAUUCUAAAACCUCAUUUCCAGAGCCCUAGGCUGCCUGCUUUUCAGCACAGCCAUCAAGAAUAGCAGUUGUAGGGUCUGGACUGUUGGCCUUUAUUGUAGAAAACCCUCUAAGCUCCCCAGUUUCUUAAAAUGACUGGAAGAAGGCUCUCUCUGGAGUGCUUGAAAUCUUGUUCUUACAUCAGCCAAAUACUCUUCUAACUGGCCCCAAGUCUGCUCCAUACUGCCUCAACUGCUCCACUGCUGCUCUGCCUCCAAAGGAAAAGCUUAGUUUGAAUGUUUUCUUAAAUAUUUUCUAAUGCAAAUAUGGAGUCAUUUUUAAUAAAAACUUAAAAAUGAAAUGUUUUAAUGUGGUAGCAGUACUGUUCUGCUUAGUUCCCUAAUGGCUCUAGCCAAAGCUUUUUCACACUCAUGGGGCAGUUUGAAGCAGUUGUGGUCUCAAAUGGACACAUAGCUUAUUCAGAAACCAUCAGGAGUGAUUUAUGUCAUUUCAUGGAAAGCUGUAUUUUUAAUAUGCCUACAAAUAGGUGGCUAUAAUUAUAAUACCAGUGGCAUGAUCUGUGUUAUGUUGAUAAGCUGCUUAUAGCACUUCUCCCUACAUAAACACACCGGUGUCAAAUUUCAUUUAGUAAUUAUUUUGGUGACAGGGAAAGGAGAUUCCUAAUCCUUAGUGUGUAAUCAAUCUAGAAUAAAACCCUCAUGAAGUAUCUAAGUGUGUAAGAGGCAAGUAAAGGCAUGGCAUCUGAACAGGUGGGUGAAAAGUGCUUACCAGUCCCCCUUUCUUAUCCCAACGCACUUUGCUAGAGCUCAAAAUGGAAAUUUAAAUAAAAAGACUGUCCCCUUCAGCCCCAAAUGUAGGGUUAAUUUAGCUGCUAGCCAAGACUACUUGAAGGACUUGCAUAGUUCUCAUCAGAAAAGGUCAUAAAAAUUGUGUUGCUCAAAAUUUUUCACGCAAACAAAAAGAUUCUUUUAGGAAGUUCUAGGGUGCCCAUAUUUUGAUGUGGAUCAGGUAUUUUGUGCUUUUUUCCUCUUGCAGUUUCAGAGUCGCCUUUUUAAAAAGGAUUGUGAACUUUUUCAGUUUGCCUGCUGUCUGCAAAUUACACUUUAUAGCUGUUGGCUUUUAUACUACUUGGCUGUCCAGUUGCUUUUAAACUUUAUUAAGAACUUUUACAGGCUUGAUCAGACUGUGUGUUAUGGAGAUAAUCAUGAUCUCUCUCUAGUCUUCAUGCAUUGUUUUAGUCUUAGGUAAAGCUUGUGGUUUAAAUGCUGUUUACUGUUCCAGAGUUGUUUUGCAGUUUAUAUUGCUAAAAUGUAAUGAAACUGCUGAGUUUUAUAGUAGGUGAACAUUUUGGUAAAUUGUCAUGUUAUAAAUCAGAGAUGGCUAAAUUUUGGCUUGUGAAGCACAUAGAUCCUGGGCAGCUUAAGAAUGUAAAUAGAAGUUGGCUUUGUGGUGGAGGUUCUAAUGCACUAGAAAUGUGUUAAGACUUACUCCCCCCUCCCCCCCAGCUGGUCCCUACACAAGAAAGUGAAGGGAGACAAAGAUGAUGCAGUGACAGGUAGUUUGCUUUUUGGGUUGUAUGUGAAAUGGGCAAAAGGAACAAAGUAGUACCAGAUUAACCAGGAACUGGAGUUGAGCAAGUGGGUCUUCUUUGAGUUUUGAGGGGUAAGAGGGUCUGUGGACAAGGAAAGAUAAGAGUUGGAAAGAUAUUCUUUGGCUCUUCACCCUGAUUGUGGCCAUUUGGCAAAGAAAUACCUUGUCAGGAGUUGGAAGGUAGCAAAUGAAUGAUCAUCUGUAGUAGUCAGCAAUUUUGCAGUUACAGCAUACAACUUCACUGGAAGAAGCAUGUAUUGUGAUUUUAUCUUUUAAGAGUUUAACCUGUGGUGAAUACUUAAAUUAACCAUAGGUGUACACUCAAGAUAACACAGAAAGGAAAACUACUAGCUUUCAGGCAUUGUAGUCUCCAUUUCCCAUACAGAUAUAUAGAUUUGUCAUAGGCACAGGCUGUAAUUUUCAGGUUUGGAUUUUCAGUCCUGCAAAAUUCUUCUUACUCAGGUAAUGUCCUGAAUACCAUCCAUUGUAAAAUAUUCAGUAAAUAUGCCUGAUCACAAAUUAAUCCUUACUUAAUUCUGUGGUGUCUAAAAUUCCCAGGCAAAGAUCUUUCCCCCUUUUUAUAUAAUAAAUACACUAUGGAUCCUUGGUGAAAAGAGAAAUUUUUACCUGCUAGUGAAAAUUUGAUUUAAGUAUUUCUUCUUUCACUUUAAAAGUAUAGACAUGCCACCUUAGCCUCUAAAGUAAGCCCACGUUUGGUGCUAUAUUCAUCAAACUUCAGACUUGAUAAAAUAAACCCUCACAGUCCAUUAAAACACUUCUGACCUGUUUUUAAAAAGAAAAAUCAGAAAAGGGACCUUUCAGCACUUUUACUGUUACAAUUCGAGUCUUAAUUUAUCUAGUCUUCAGAGUCUAUGGUACUGUAAAAGUCUCAAUCCAGGAUGAUUGAUUUGUUUUUAGGUCAGAUGAUUUCUGUUGAUAGUAAAAUAUCUUUGAGAAUAAAUACCAGUUUUAUAAUGUUCAGGCAGCUUUUGGGCAUGCGUGCCUGAUGUUUUAGGUAAACAUUUCAGUAGACCAUUUCAGGGCUUUAAGAUUUGGGAUCUAAGUUGGGGAAGCAAGGUAAAGUUUCCCUUGAAGAAUAGUUUUAGUCCAUUGUGUAGUGCUCAGUUUGAAAGUAUAUCACUAGGAAAAUGGGUAGGGAUUCUCUCUCUCCCUUUGUCUUCAGGGAAUGAGCAGUAUUUAGAAUCUUUGGCUGAAAUUCAAGCCUUUUUACCGUGUAAAUUUUUAAUAUAAAUUCACUGACAUGCUUUUUACAUCAGAGGACUGAAAAUGGAUCUUAAUGUUUAAGUUGUGGAAUGGUAUAUUUCUUAAAUGAAGGGGGAAAGUAAAAAAAAAAACUAACUAGAUUAGCAUACCAGCAUUAGUAAUCUUAAGAGAUUUUAGUAUGUAAUAGGAAAGUCUUUGAUUAAAAAUCUUAUCUUGGAUUGCUAGUCUGUAACUAGGUGCAUUCUACUUUAGCAGGUGAAAUUUCUUUACUUGUUGAGAGAGGGUAGAUGGCGGCUGUCAUGUGCCCCAGCAUCAGAAAAACAGAUUACAGACAGCAACCUCUCUCUGAGUCCCAUUUGGUGAUUAUACCCAUGGGAUUUUUGCUUACAGCAGCUUACUGCUGCUUAAAACAUGUAUAAAUACGUUUUGAGUGUUUGCUCAUAACUCUUUCUAACCUCCACUUGUUAAAUUGUCAGAUGUUGGUAUUUUAUCAGUCCGCAAUGUAACUUCUAAACUAACGUGCUUAGGAUUCCAGCUUGUACACACACUGUUUGAAAACCCUCAGGGACAGUUUACACACUACCCUCACUCAAUUCAGGUACUUGUACACUAUUCUUAAACCUAGCAGUGACUUGCAUUUUGUUUUUGCUUUUCUUUUGAUGUGCUGGUAGCACAUCCUUGAUGAAUGUCAACUUAAACUCAGUUCAGGUAUCCAGGUAUAACUCAGCCAAACGGAUUUUAAAGCUGCAUAUUACUCUCCAGCACGCAGUGCCUCAGACACGUAGUGGCAUUCUGUAUAUUCAGUUAUAACUACUGAGCAAGAUCGCAUGGGGGUUCCUGAUUAUGUAUUGUAAGAAAUUUCUAUAUAUAGUAUGUGUAUUAUGUUAUAUACAUAUAUAUUAUAUAUGUAAUCUUAAACGUAUAUAUUUAAAAAUGCCACUACCAAGCCAGCACAGCUAAUGUCAAUACAUUCCUGGCUGCCUCUGUAUAUGGUCCAGGGGCAGCUUCUCAGCGUGGCUGUGGUUUCUCUUUCAUCCCAGGUACUUCUAAACUUGAGCACUGGCCCUUGGAUGUCUGACCUCUACAUUCUAGUUAUGCAAUGUCUCUAGGAAUUCUGUGCACUGGCCACUGUGAUGGAAGCCAAUGGGCCAGGUGGGCUUGAGUUUACUAGUAACCCUUCUGCCAAAGUUGGUGUUUUAUGGCAACAGUGUAAACCUUUCAAAUAAUUGGCAGCUGCAUAUAUAUUUUGGGAGCAGAUGAUCACUCCUUCACUGUGGCCCCCGAUCAGGUGUCCCACCUCUUGUGCCAUGCACUAAUUAUUAAUGUGCUGGCAUUUCACACCUGUAGUGGUGGUCCUUGUUGCUGAACAUUCAACAGCAUGUGCAACACAUUAAAAUGAAAUUUGCUGCUUGCACCAGCUUGUGUAUCUCUGUCAGCAAUGCCUCUGCUCUAUUAUUUGAUGCUUUACACCUUAGAAAGUUCUAUUUAUGUAGAAUAUGGAAAAAAUGGCAUUUUUCACAGACCUCUAAAAGUACAAGUGUCAUGGAAAAAUAAAACAGGAACCCCCUUUUUAAUCUAUGGACCUCAUUUCAAUAUACUGUUUACAGUUUGACGGAAUUGUAUAAUUUAAUAUUUCUCUUGUACUGUAGUUUGUAUUUAUUUACAGAUUUUUUUGUACUGUGUGAUUUGAACUUUUUUGUUCCUUGCUAUGAUCAACAUUUUAUGUAGUAGAGCACUUAUGAUCACAAAUUAAGGUUUUUGGUUUGAUUGCACUACAUUAAUUUUAAUGCAGUUCUGAUUUUUGACUGGACUAAAUAAGCUGUGUCUUAAUGUAUGUGAUAAGUACUUAUAAAUUUUAAUUCAUGUGGUCCAUUUUUUUUUUUUUGCAUUGUAUGUCAAAAGCGCUGAUUCUCUCGUUGUGCAUGUGUAAGGGUUAACAACCCUGUUGUAUUCUUUGGCCAUGUCAUUUUGGAAACACAUUCCCAGCUGUAACGUGUAUGGUAGUUUUCACUGGAUGCUAGACUUUUCAGAACGACUAUUCUUCUAAUAAAUUUUGUUGUGAAAAACUUGA